AUGGCCAUGCUCACCACACUUCGCAACCGCAGCCAUGCUGCAAAGGAAAAGGCAAAGCUACGUCUCACGCAGGCCUCGAGCUGGCAACUUUCCAAGCAAAACAGUACCAUUGCUCCACCCGAUGUCUGGACAAAUGCCGAUAUGGAGCCGGUCCCCCCGGAGAAGCGUACAUGGGGAAAAAGCGCCUUUAUCACGUACUGGUUCAGUGACUUGGUAACAAUCUCAACCUGGAGUUCUGGAUCCGCCAUAUUCACUAUAGGCUUAACCGCAACCGAUGCAGUCCUCAUCACUCUUGUUGCCGGCUUGUGCAACGCUCUCCCAACAGUUCUCAAUGGCGCAAUCGGCUCCAACCUGCACAUUCCAUUUCCGAUUGCAGCCCGCGCGAGCUUUGGAUACUGGUUCAGCUACUUUGCUGUUAUUAGUCGAGGCGUCCUGGCCAUGUUUUGGUUUGGUGUACAAACAGCAAAUGGAGGAACCUGUGUCACUCAGAUUCUCAACGCUAUAUGGCCCAGCUUCCGGACACUGCCCAACCACCUCCCUGAAUCUGUUGGUCACACCACGGCCGGGAUGAUGUCGUAUUUUCUCUACUGGCUAAUUCAGUUUCCGUUUCUCCUCAUCCCCACCCACAAACUGCAAUACAUGUUUUGGAUAAAAACGGUACUGCUGCCGCCUGUAGCCAUUGGCAUGACUGUCUGGGUCGCUGUCAAAGCGGGUGGCAACGGCACCUUUUUUACGCGUUCUGCUUCUGUACACGGAUCUGAGCGAGCCUGGCUAUGGCUCUCGAGCAUGACGAGCAUCACCGGCGGCUACAGCACGCUUGCUGUCAACAUUCCGGAUUUUUCGCGCUUCAGCAAAGAACCCCGCGCGCAAUACUGGCAGAUGCCCGUCAUUCCGUUCUUCAAGACCAUGGUUGCUCUCAUGGGCAUCGUUUCGGCGUCUGCCGCGCAGGAGAUUUGGGGCACGGCGUACUGGACGCCUCUACAAAUCAUCGACAAGUGGAUGGAUACCCCGGGUGGCCGCGCUGCAGCCUUUUUCUGCGCCGCCAUCUGGCUGCUCGGACAAUUGAAUGUCAACAUUAGCGCCAACGCCGUGUCUUUUGCCAACGACGUUACGACCCUGGCGCCGCGAUACUUUAACGUGCGAAGAGGAUCCGUCCUGGUCGCCUUUAUCGGUGGCUGGGCCCUAUGUCCAUGGAUCAUUGUCGCUUCCGGCAAGGCUUUUCUCAACUUUAUGAGCGCAUACGCCAUCUUCAUGGCGCCCAUGGCAGGCAUCCUCUUUGCCGACUACUGGCUCAUCAAGCGCAGAAAGUACGACGUUCCCGCCUUGUACGACCCGCGCGGCAUCUAUCGAUACGGCCGCUACGGUACCAACUGGCGCGCUGCUGUCGCCACAUUCGUGACGAUUGUGCCUUUACUGCCGGGCCUCGCUAACAAGGUCAAUCCUGGUCUCAAGCUGUCAUCCGGCCUCCAACAUCUUUUUACGUUCAACUGGCUCUACGGGUUCUUCCUCUCGAUAUUCCUGUACUACCUUUGUAACCUCUUCUUCCCCGACAACCAAACCCUCAUUUCGCAUGUCAUCACUGGUUUCGAGCUGGAUGGUAUUGAAGUAGAAGAGAGUGGUCAUAGGAUUGAAACUAAAUGCAGUCAAAGUGUAUUGACAAAGGAUGAGAGGUAA